GUGAAGUUGUACAAAAAUUUGGUUGCUCUGUGAACACACACACGCACGUAGUGAACUACAAAAAUGUAAAAGCAAAAAAUAAACGGGGAAAGAGAGAGAAAAAAAUAUUGCAAAAUAUACGCACAAAUCAGUGGGUGAAGAAAGAAUAAAAACAACAGAAAAAUAAUUAAAAUAAAAGUGAAAAUAACAAUAAUUAAAACAGGAACUUUGUUUAAAUUAAUACAUAACACUACAACGUAAUACUGCUACAAUAAAAUAGUUGGAAAUAACGGAUAUAGUUGCUGAGAAAGGGAGGAAAAAAGACACCACAAGGCACUGAAGAAGAAACAUUGCAGCCAAUACCAGAAAUAUAACGUCUUGUGGCUAAAGGAACGAAAAUCCAAAAUGUCGGAUGAACAACGACACCAAAUUCAGCAGCAGCAACAACAAAACCAGCAGUCACAGCAGCUGCAGAGGAGACAUAAUUGUUGUCGCCUUUGUUUAGCUCCCGACAAUGAGUGUAUAUCAAUUUUGAACAGUUAUGCUGCCGAUAAAGAACCUUUGUCGACCAAAAUUCAUACCUGUGUAUCCGUAAAGAUUUCCAGCCAUGAUAACUUAUCGUUACGCAUCUGUCACGCCUGCAUAAGUUACUUAAACUCUUGGCAAUCAUUUAAGAAUCGUUGUCUGGCCGCACAAGUCAAACAGCGUUCCUGGCUGGACGAUAAAUUAUCUAACAAAUCAAUACAAUCUGCCGAACAACAUCAUCAAACAGCAGAUAAUCAUUAUGAUGAUCAACAUCAUCAUCAGCAACAACACCACCACCAGCAGCAUCAACAACAACAGCAAGAAGAACAGUCAUUGGCUUCUUCCAUAUUGGAGGGAAUUUCAACGUUAAAAAAACGCAAAUCUUUAACAGUCUAUCCGUUACCUGCAGUACAAAUCAAAGACGAACCACUUGAGGCGGAUGAUGAUUAUAAUGGAGCUAAACAACAGCAGCAACAUGAUGAAUCCGAUGAAAUGGUAGUAGAUCCUACCAUGUUUUUAGAACGUAACGCCGACGAGGGUGACUUUAUGGAAUCCACUUCUAAUUACGACUAUGAAGUGAUAAGGCCCCCCGCCGACUUAAAGCCAUUGCCAGCUAGUACCACCAUACGUAUGAGCACUAAAGAGGCUGCUUGCCGUGCCUGCAAUUUGAAAUUUUCCACACGCGCCAAUGCUAGACGCCAUGAAAAGAAUCUACAUCCCAAUCUCUUUGUGACGCUAGAGGAAAACGAUCAGUCAAUUAAUAAACAAACCGCCGCUUUAAAUGCCUCCUUAGAAUUGCAGCGUGCUGUAGCAGCUGCUGUGGCCGCCGAUGCUUGUAAAUUGUCCAGUGGUGCUGUUAUAACACCCCAAAAAUAUCGCCAAGAGGUUGUUAAUGCUUUUAAUAACAGCGAAUUUGGCUUUGAUUAUGAUAAUCCCGAAAAGUAUCGUGAACUCUUGACCGAUGAGAAAAUUGUUUUCCUACAACAGAACGACGAAUUCCUGCGACAAUAUCAAAAUAUGACCUGUCGUUGUUGUAACAAAUACUAUUCAACUUAUAAGAAUUUCAUGGCUCAUAUGCGUAAAAAGUACCUAACUCUGCCCAGAAAUUGUUGUUUCAAUUGCCUGAAACUAAACGAUUCGAAAGCAUUGUUUAUAUCACAUUUGAAAAAACGCAACUGUAUAAAUCUACACAAAGUGCUGCAGAAUCUAAUGUCAAGGAAUGCCAACUUUGCGGCUGCUGUUUCUGCCACUGUGGCGGCGGCUCCCGAAAAAGUUCGCGCCAAAGAGUUGUUGGUCAAUAAAAUGUACGAGUGUAAACUUUGUCCUAAAACGUUCCGCCUUAAAUUGGAAUUUCGUUCGCAUGUCUACGAAGAACAUGCCGAUGUGCAACGUAAAGAUGUUAGCAAUAAUCAGUGUUGUUAUUGUGCCGUCGAUAUUGACGAUCCAGCCGAUCGUAAACGUCACUACAACAAUAUGGAUUGUAUUGUUACAUUGCGCUGUGUCACUUGCGAUACAAAACAUGAAACUCAACAAAAGUUUAUGGAACAUGUGCAGGAAAAGCAUUUGGCCAAUUUUGGUGAACAGUCAAAAUUCUUAUUAAGUGCUGAUAAUUCGCCAAGCAAAAUUAUGGGAGGAGCCUCAUCCGCGGACGAUUCCCGCAGCGGACACUUUAAUGUCUCGCUCAUUAAUACCACACCCAAAACACAAUAUUUCUCACGGAUGCCGCAGGCCUGUCCGAUUUGUGGUCAACAAUACAACAACUACAAUAAUGUUUUGCGACACAUGGAGUCCAAACAUCCUGAUCAAUUGCCACAAACCUAUAAAUGUGUAAAAUGUGGACAAGGUUAUCCCAGACUAUCGAAUUUACGAGAGCACAUGGUAAGUGCUCAUGGUGCGGAUAAGGCACGUCAUACCGGUUUCGAGUACAUUGUUAAUGCAGAUGCGGUUAAGGCUGCAGCUGGCACAACAACAUCAGCACCACAGAAUCCCUAUACAGGACGGUAUGAUUAUGUGAUGAAGGAUUUAAUGUCUAUAACAAAUGGUGGGACAGUUGUUGAUGAUGAUUGUGAAAGUGAAAAUGCUCCUAAGAAAAUGCGCUUAGAAACGACUGUGUCGAUUAACAACAACAAUGUCACUGUCAGCAAUACUAGUCCCCGAGAAUGCUCCAUCUGUAAUGCGGUGUUUGCCAACAAUAUUGGUCUGUCCAAUCAUAUGCGCUCACAUCAAAGUGCCCAAAAUAAUAACUUUGGAGUUUCAUCGUCAAAGGCGUCUGGUGGUGGUAACGCUGUACAGUCAUCCUUAACUGGUCAGCAACAAAUAUUAAGAAAAUCCCUGGAACAAGCUGCCGACAGACGUUUUCGACGUAUGCGUUGCCGCAUUUGUCAAAGGCGCUUCUCCUCCAAGAAAUCUUAUCGCUACCACAUGCUCAAUGACCAUCAGAUACGCAAUGUACAAUUUAUUAAGUGUAAAUUGUGUGAUGCCGAAUUCGCCUACGAAAAGGGUUUGAAAGUUCACAUGUUUAAGAUACACAAUACACUGCUCAAGGAUGAUAUGAUUAUUAAGCAAUACGAAUGUGAAAUUUGUUCUAUAGUUUAUCGUACUGAUGUUGAAUUACAACAUCAUUUGGCCAAUGUCCAUAAUAGGCAAGGUGGAAGCUCCAAUGUAAAUGAAGAUGAUGAUGCCUACAAUGCCGAUGAGUCUAUGGCUGCUGCCGCUGUGGAUACUAGUUCUGCGGGUGCUGAUAUGUCGGGCAUAUCGACACCUGUUAGUGGUGUGGGUUUGGGAGAUACUCAGGCGGGACCCUUGUACUGGUAUCAAUGUAAAUAUUGUCCCUCCAACUUUAAUACUAAUAAAAAAUUGGCCAUACAUAUAAACUCGCACGAUGAAUUCGAUUCUAAUGAUUACUCUUGCAAGGAUUGUGGCAAUGUUUACAGUGGACGUAAAAGUUUAUGGGUACAUCGCUAUAAGAAACAUCCUCAAAUACCCGAACCCUCGGAAUGUGUUAUGUGCAAAAAGGUGUUCUUCGACACCCAGAUGUUGGAACAUCACAUACCCUCCUGCAAUCGCAAACCGAUUACACAAGCAGCCAGUGAAACUGCUACCGCUGUAUACAAACACAAAACCGGUGACGAUGAGGAUGACGAAGAUGAUGAUCAAUCUCGAGAUGGCGACAAUACUCUAUCCAACACCAUCAACGCUACCGUGGGCAGUGCCAGUAAUUUGAAAAUCAAAUUACCGGAAGUGGCUUGCACAAUUUGUGGCGCCCGUUUCACCGAUCAGGAAAUGUUCGCGAAACACAUACAAAUGCAUGAAAUGGAAUUGUAUACGGACAAUCCGUUGGCGGCCAUGUUUGAUACUGGUCCCGCCGAUCCAAAUCAAUUUUAUAUGGAUCGUAUUAACGAUAAUGGCGAGUAUGCAUGCGAUUUGUGUGCAAAGACAUUUACACAAAUGACAGCACUUAAAGUGCAUAGGAAAUGGCAUUUCAGAGGUGAUAGCAAACAGAACGAAGCCGAUCAACAUAUGUCGAGCAACAGCCACACCAAUAUUCAACACUCGCAACAACAGCAACAACUCAACAAAAACCAACAUCAACAACAGCAGCAACAUCAUCAGCAGCAGCAGCCCAAAUCCAAGAUGCCGAUCAACCAUCAACAUCUACUGGGAUUACAAGCGGUGGGUCUAAUGCCGCGUCAAUUUGCCAAUAUGGGCGGCAGUCACAGAUCCCAGAAACGUAAACGUGAACUUAAAUGUCAAUAUUGUCCCUCGACCUUCAUCAGCAACAACAAUUUGCGACGACACUUGUACGAAUUGCACAAAAACGAAAUGGGUCAUCUGCCCGAACCACCAAGAAUCGAUUGCGAUGCAUCAAAUAUGUGCAGAAGAUGUAACGUUAAAUUUGAGACGAAAGCAGAAUGGAUUGAGCAUAAAGUGGCGGAGGCCAGGGUUAUGAGACCCUAUGGUCCAUUCCAAUGGGGCUGUGAUUUGUGUGGUGCCUAUGUGUCGCGCAAAGAGAAAUUGAUAAAUCAUUUGCACAACCACAUGAAGGAACCAGUGAUAGUGCCGGUCGAACAUCCAGAUUCCAAUAGACAGCAACAAGAGCCCCAGCAAACACAGCAACAAACGGCAAUGCAAGCUCAAAGUCCAAAACAACAGCUGUCAGCCGAGAACAACGAUGUCAUGCCUGGAUUUAAAAAGAUUAAAAUACCUUCGUUGCCACCAAAACUCGAAGUAGAUGAAGAAGAAUCAAGGGAUAGUGUUAAAGAUCAAUACGAUGAAGACGACGAGGAUGAAGAUGAGGAUGAGGGAGAUGGUGAGGGGGAAGGUGAGGGUGAAGGCGAGGUUGAAGCUGAUGCUGACAAUAAUGAACAUGAAAAUGAUGUUGAGUUGAAUAAACCGCAGCAGCAGCAGCAACAACGGCGACCUGUAGUAGAAGAAUUCGAUGAGGAAGACGAAGAAGAAGAAGAGGAGGAGGAACCAGUCGAAGGAGAAGAAUUUGAUGAUUUGGCAGUGGGAGCCCAGCAGACGGUGGGCGGUGAUGAAGAUGUAGACGAGGAUGAUGAUGACGAGGAAGAGGAUGAUGAUGACGAUGAUGAUAGCAGUGAUGCCGAUGAUGAGGAUCCUUCUACCAACGAAGACACCAAUGAGGCCUCCAGUCUUAAAGGUAAACCCACAGAGAUACCACAAGCCCGCACUUACAAUGACAACCAGGUCGAUAUGAAUGACGACGUGGAAGAAGAUGAUUCCGACGAAUUCGAUGACGAUGAAGAUGAUAAUUCCUCAACGGAAAAUCGCAAGCCACCUUCGUCGUCAGUUGUUAGUAAUGUUGUAGUCAAAUCUCGUUAUUCCUGUGACCUGUGUCAGGUGUAUUUCGAUACCCAGCAAGAACUGCAAAAGCAUGUUAAAAUGCAUUUUCUUAAUGGUCCGGGGUCGGUGACCUUAACGGAAAUCAAGUCCUCCAAAUCGUCAUCGAACAAAAGUCGCAGCAGUAGUAGCGAUGUUGUAGCCGUAUAGUCAUCAUAGAGAAUUUACUUAUGUAUAAUUUCAAAUUGAAUUCAAUUGUUUAGUUUAUUUUAAAAUGUGCCAGUAGUUUUAUGCAGUUCUAAUGCUUUUCCCUCUGUUAAUCUAUCUUGGAAUACUUAUCCAAGAUUUAUUUGAACUAUGUAUGAUAACUUUUAAAAUCUACUUCUCAUAAGUAUUUUAGUUUUUUUUUUAUAUUAUGAUUUUUGUUGAUAAUAAUUUUUUCUUAUACUUACUUACAUCACACUGAAUUGUUAAUCAUUUUAUUUAAAUUAUUAUGUUUAAACUUUUAUUUCUUUUAAUAUUUCACUAAUUACUAGUACAGUGUGGCAAAUAACUAUACCGGACACAUAAAAUAUUCAUGUAAUUGAAAAUCAUCUGUGUAACCUUGAAACAAUUGGUUUGAGCUCUUAUAGUUUACUCACAAGAAUUUCUUUUACUUGCAUUUUGUAUGUUACCAGUAUAGAUAUAGCUACUUUGCACACUGUGCAUUAUUUCUUUUUUUUAUAUUUAUUAUUUUAUGUUUAAAUAAUUAAAUUCUUCUUAACUUCUUAUUGUAUAUAUAUAUAUAGAUAAGAAGAACUAUAUAUACACACAUGCAUACAUCUAGAGUAGUUAUAGUAUUAAAUAAACUAAUAAUUAAUUAAAUGCUUUGUAUGUAUCAAUUUUAAAUCGUUACUAUACUAAGCUUUCGAUGAUAUGACUUCGAAAGAGAGAAGCAUUCAAAUACUAUUAUUAUUCACAAUAACAUUCAAUUUUUGAAAGAAAAAAACAAAAACAAAAAUACAAAAUACAAAUUAGUUAUUUAAGAUUCCUUUUUAUUUUAAUUGCAUUAACUGUAAUGAUUAAAUUAAUUUAAAUAUUAAUGAAUGAAAAAAAAAUAAGCAACAACAAGAAAUAUAUAUAUAUAUAAUUAAAUUUCACAAUUUAAAUAAUAAAAGCAGAAAAAUUAAUAAAUUAGAAAAAUUAACAAAAA